GCUCAAGAAAGUGCAUGUUGACUAGGCUUUUGCCGACAGCCAUGAGUGUGAAUGGAGAAGCCAAAGGCUGCUGGAAGUGCUGGCCUGAAUGGCUAGACUCAGAACUGCUCCAACACUGGAGACAAGUCUUAGGCGCCUGGAUCGUGUUUUUUGUCACUGCAGGGCUCACAUACCAUGCACCGCCUGUGAUGCUGAGUGCCAUCAAGGCGGAGUUUGGCGUGGAUGCCUACGAGAUUGCUUGGCUCGGGGCGAUCUUCCAGCUUUGUAAGGGACUGCUCACCAUGCCCGGAGGAUAUGCCUUGUACCGCUACGGCUGUCGAACAUGCCUGAGAGCCGGAGCUGUGGUCAUUUUGAUCUCUUCAGUUCUAUACCCUUUGGCUCCAAGCCUUUGGUGCCUCGCCUGCUUGCAUGGCCUAUACGGCUCAGCCUACGAUUUGAUCGGGGUGGGUCCCAUCAUCGUUUUCGCGACGACAUGGUUUGAGAUCCAACCGGCUUUAGCGAUCAGCAUUCUCGUGACCGCUUUCAGCUUUUCUGGCAUGUGCUUUCCUCCCAUCGUGGCAUAUUUUACUGCGCAUUACGGCUGGAGGCAAGCCUCCUUGAUGUGUCCCAUUUUGACGGCGCUGAUUGUGGUGCCGAUCUGUUUUGGCGUUCUUCACGACGGGCCUUUGGCGCAACGGCCCACUGAUCGUCCGUUUUCCUCAGUGGAGGAUGAAGAUACAGACUCGACUGCCGGGAGGGGGACCGCGAGACGGCUGGACUUCUGGCGAAGUCUUCGGCUUGGAGCCGUGUGGCACUUGGCCUUCAUGUCGCUCUAUCAGCUGUACAUCAUCAUUGCACUAAUCAACACCUUGACCUUGUGCUUGAAGAUGGACGUGCACAUGGAUUUGCAAGUGUCUGCUAUGUACUCUUCCAUUGUGUUUGUCACCUCCAUUGCUGGCAAGCUUUUCAUGGGUGCUGCCAUGGACAGUAAGUUUCAGGGCAUCGCUGGGAUGUUGAGUUGCUUCCUGCUUUUCCUCGGAACGUUGCUGCCCUUGGAUUUCUCUCAGGCAGGGGGAAGCCUCACCAGGAGCCACACGCAACUUCUGGCUUUCGCGAUGGUCUAUGGCAUGGGCUUUGGGGGCACCUACUCCUUGCUUUCAGCCAAGCCAGCCAAGUUGCUGGGCCGGAUGGCAGAUUUUGGGAAGCUGCAGGGUUUUUUGAUGCUCUUCCAGGUCAUUGGCGGCUUCCUGGGUACCUUGGUCACAGGCAAGCUCCGUGAUCUCUCUGGAAGCUAUACAUGGUCCUUCUACGUCUUCAUCAUUAUGGCAUUCUUGGCUUGCUGUCACUACGCUGCUCUGGAAGCAGGAAGCAGAAGCACUCUUCAGGCCAUCGCCGAGAGCCAAGAAGCCUGAAAGAGCUCGAGCAGAG